CACUCCUUUCGUCCCCUAGUUAGCUCGCCAUGUCUCAAGCUAACACGACGGUACCCAGCACGCCGGGAGGGCCUCUCGUGCCAAUGCCCGUGCUUCAUUUUGACAACUCGCUCGGCGCGAUGCUCGUCGGUGGUCUGGUAUCUUUUGCUUUGUACGGUAUCACCUUCACCCAGACCUACAUAUACUACGAGCGCCGGCAUAAUGAUCGACCGUUCAUCAAGCUCCUGGUGCUUGCCUUAUGGCUUCUAGACACGUUCGACACAGCGCUCAUCGGCCAUAUCCUCUAUCACUACAUGGUCACCAAUUUCGCCAAUCCUCUCGGGAUGCAAUCCCCAGUUUGGAGUUUGCUGAUCCAUGUGCUUGUUACUUCCGUCUCUGACUUCAUCGUCCGAAUAAUGUUCUCGCGGCGAAUCCUGAAGCUGAGCGGCAGCUUUGUUCUUACGGGUGCCGUGGUGGCGAUAUCCUUCGUUGACCUGAUAUGCGGAUUGAUAAUCACCGGGAAAGCAUUUGGGAUUCAUACCUAUGAAGGAUUGGACUCAAUCUCGCACUUGUUCUACAUCAACUUCGCCGCGGGAACUCUGGGAGAUCUGUACGUAGCGCUCGUACUCUGUUACUUUUUGCACUCCUCGAGGACGGGUUUCCAGCGGACGGACUCGCUCAUCAACAUCUUGAUCAUAUACACCGUGAAUACAGGGCUGAUCACAGCGUUGGACGCUGCGGCUGGGAUGAUCACGUAUAUCGUGAUGCCGGACAACUUCAUCUUCAUCGCGUUUUACCUCAAUCUGAGCAAAUUCUACGUCAACUCGUACCUUGCAUCCCUCAACGCUCGAGACAUCAUCCGCGAGAAAAGCUCGGGCAACAUCGUUUCGAUCCAACUCUCCCGCCUGACCAACAGCCUGCGCACGGCGGACAUUGAGACGGGCGCGUCCUCGUCGCCCACGACGCUCGUUGAGGCCAAGCGCAGCGCGAGCCAGCGGCGCUUGGAUGAAGUGAAUAUUACGGUGGAGACUAUCGUGGACCGGAGCGAUGGCAAGGAGCGUGCGUACUUCGGAAAGUACGUGAAGACUAACGUCUGCAGUUCGUCGCUUAUCGGGACUCUUGACGGUUGUAGAUGA